CAGCUUCUUGAAUCGCUGCCUGAACGAUGUCGGAGGACGAGGACUUAUACGACGAAUCAGAGACGAGCGGCCUGUUAGACGAUGUCGACACUGAAGAAGAGGACAUCUAUGGAGAUGGCAUUCCCGCACCCGCAGAAGCUGCCCUCGAAAACGACUUCGAGCGUCUAGUAAAAGAUAUUCGAACGGCAGACGAUGUAUCUUCAGUAGCCGUGCUCCAACGCGAAUGGGAUUUCCGUGUUCCGGACGAGGAUGCAUUCCGAGACGAACUGCGUGAAGCAUCUGGGAUUGGGAAGAGGAAGAAGAGAAAGCGUCAGCGGAGAACCGGACCCGCUUUGUCCCACCAAGUGCGCGCGCUGAUUGGUCAAGGUAACCAGGCAUACGUAGACAAUGACCUCCAGGAAGCCAUGCGCAUGAUGCAAGAAGUCAUUCGCAUCGAGCCGCGUGCCAUAUCAGCUUGGACAGAUAAAAACGAACCUCAGAAAGCGCUCCAGCUGAGGAUUGUAGCAGCUCAUCUCAGACAUGAUGCGGAGGAGCAAUCCAGAGACUUGGGAUACAAUCAACAGGCGUUGUAUUGUUAUAGUAAACUGUACAGUCUAGAUCCUACAAACGCGGAUGCUCUCUGGGAUCGAGCCACACUUGCAAAGGAGACGAACGACCUUCGAAUCGCUCGCCACUCCCUCCUCACCAUUCUCAAGCAUUUCCCUCACGAUACCACCGUUCUCACAGAACUUCGUCCCAUCCUGAUAGAACUCUCCGAUUUUGUACUGUGUGCAUCACUCUACGAAGGCGCAUUGGAAUAUUACCAAGGUUUGUAUCCACUUGGGCAUGCCCUCGAUCCAUCCCUCUCUAGAGCGGCUGCUCCACCCAUGGAAUUCGGAUUGAUGGAAAUCCUUGUCCUCGCCGAUUUGCACAAUACCAUGAACCAGUACGACCGCGCCAUCCAGACAGUUCGACGGGGUUGGAGGUGGCUCCAGGGACGCGCUACACAAAAAUUUUGGGAUGUAUGCGAGGAUGAUCGGGAGUAUGACCCGCCUCCAGAGGAAGGUGGCCUCACCGUCCAACGCCAUGGCGACGUCCAACCGGGAUAUUAUCCGCUUGACGUCAACGCCCGACACCGGCUUGCCGUGUCGCGCAUCAAGAUGGGCGAUUUUGAAGAAGGAAAGAUGCACGCCACCAUAGUGCUCUCACAAGACAUGUUAGACUAUGGUGCCCUUUUUGUGGAAAUUGCAGACGCCUAUUUUGAGCGGGAAAUGUACAGUGAGGCACGACCAAUCUAUGAAACCCUUGGGGCCGAAUCAGCUACAAGCAGUUUAUAUGUCCUGCUUCAGGUUGCCACUUGUCGAAGGAUGCAAGGCGACUUGCGCGAAGCUUCAGAAGUGUACCAACAAGUCAUCGAAGCAGAUCCGUCCAAUAAUGACGCCAAGAUGAAACUAGCCGAACUUUACGAGAUCAUGGACGAGCCCCGCAAAGCGCUCGAGCUCGUGUAUCAAGUUAUCGAUUCCAGAAAACGACGUCCAGCCCAGCCUGAAGAUAUCAACACCGACAGAACCACUCCGCAGCCGACCGCAUCUCUGUUCGACGAAAAGUUCCAAACGAGGCAAAAGGGUAAAGCUGUCAAUAAGCAAGGUCGACUGAGUCUGGCGGAACUCAAAUCGCUCGAAGAAGAACGUGAGAAGGAAGUCGUCACGGGAUACAAGCGGAUCGAAGAGCUUUGGCCGAUGAUACUCGGUGAUCAUCCGGAUGAUCAAGCUGAGAGAGAAUGGAUACUUGAGGCUGAGAAGCUUAUUGAGAUGUUCAGAGAAACAAGGAAUCUGUUCCUCACGACCAAGAACUUCGAUUUCCGGGGCAUGUUUCCCAAGCGCCGACAUCAGCGAAGAACCGAUGGCGCUGACGAAGAUCGGAUGGCCUCGAGAUUGGAGUUGAAUGAACGUGAUAAACACAUCCGGAAGGGAAGAGAUGACACCCUAAACACAGAAAAGGUUGAUUCAUUCCGGGGCGUUUCCUUCGAAAAUUGGCUCCGCGUAUUUAUGCAGUAUGCGUUCACGCUGACCAAACGAGGGGGCCACGAAUCGGCUGAAGAGGUGCUACGACAUAUUCUUUUGUCGAACGCCUACCGCAGCAAAGAGACGCAGGUCACCAUCCGGCUUGCCAUCAUCACCUGCGCAAUUUCUGUGGGAAAUUAUGCCGUUGCUGUCGAACAGUGCCGAAAGUUGAUCAACUCACAUCAAUUCAAUAAUGAACCAUUCCGAAUAUUGAUUUCGUCGCUCUCGAACGGACUGCGUGCUACGGAUUCUUUCAUAAGCUCUACGCUCCAGAAACAUCUGUUUAGGGAGUUGCGUCUCAGUGACGCCGCUGUCCGGACGCCGGAACUCCUGAAGUGGAAUAGCUCUAGUCGACGCUACAAUUUAUCCUCGACAAAAGCAGGGGAAGACGAUGAUGGGACAAAAGGCGGGGAUGUUUUGGAUGAGGAGGCUGAUGAUGCUGGUGAUGCUGAUGCAUCGGGAGACAAAAGGCAACCACGGCUACCGACGAAGAACAACCCGAUGCCAGUCGCCAUCUAUGGACAGUUGUGUCUUGCAGCGAAAAGUUACCAGAGUGCAAUAUUUUACCUUCUGCAUGCAUACGACUAUUGUCCUGAGGACCCUAUGAUCUGCUUGUGUUUGGCCAUCUCCUCGAUUGGGCGGGCGAUGCAACGCCAGUCAGAUAACCGACACCACCUAAUCGUGCAAGGCAUGGCAUUUCUCUCUCACUACCGCAGGAUCCGAAGGCAAGAUGGGGAUCACGUUCUCCCAGAAAUUGAGUUCAAUUUCGGGAGAGCGUUCCACCAGCUUGGUCUUCACUCGCUCGCAGUCACGCAUUACGAGAAGGCACUGCAGUUGGUUGAAAGCCGGAGUGACAAUGAUGUCUCCGUCGCACGAGAGGCUGCGUAUAAUCUUUCGUUAAUUUAUGUGACGACGGACGCUGUGCUUCUUGCGGACAACCUCUAUCGGAAGUGGCUCUCUGUAUGAAUAAAGGCCGUGUUUAUUCCUGCCUGUAUCGAUAGUCUCGCUCCUAGUUAUGUAUAACUCAGUUUCGAUGGGAGGGUCGGUUGUGCUUAACGCAUUGAGAAUGCGAUCGGGUAUCACGAAUGAGUCUGCUG